AGCCCGCCGAGGCCCAGGCCCCGCUGGCCCUGCAGCCGCAGCCCCGGUCUAAUGGUCUCGAUCCUGCGGGCCCAGCCCAGGAUCACCCCAGCCUUGCAGAUAGGGGCCGAGCCACCUGCCCAGAGUCUGGCACGGAGGGCAGCGGGGUGACUGGGCGUGCGUGCUGGUCCGCAGGCGUGGGGCGAUGUCCGCGGUCCUGUCGGCCGCCGUGGUCCGCGUGCGGGACGGGCUGCCACUGUCCGCCUCCACCGACGGUGACCAAGGCGCGGGCGGCCCAGAAGGCAGGAGGCUCUUCAAGCUGCUCGCCCGGAGGCUCAGCCAGCUCCCAGACCGCUGCUCUCUCCACGCUGGACGCCACGUGGUCCAUUUGAUCAGCUCGCUGGGCGUGAGCUACAUGGUGCUGUGCACAGAGGGCUGGCCGGGAGUCCUGGCCUUCUCCUUUCUCGAUGAGCUGCAGCGGGACUUCAUCGCCACCUACGACACCGCCAGGACCAACACCGCCGUCCGCCCCUACUGCUUCAUCGAUUUUGACACAGUCAUCCAGAGGACCAAGCAGCGCUACAACAACCCUCGCUCCCUGGCCACCAAGAUGAGCCUUGCCGACAUGCAGACAGAGCUCAAACUCCGGCCACCUCACGUGCUGACCAUGGCCGAGCUGGCGCCCGCCAACGGCUUUCCGGCCAUGGUGGGGGCCCUCAGCGGGGCUGGCAACAUCUCCUCUGCUCAGCAGCAGCGUUUGGAGCCGGCGACCCUGCCAGGGACGGUGGCCCUGGUCCUGAGCCUGCUGUGCGGGGCACUGAAUCUCAUCCGUGGUGUCCACACCAUCGAGAGCCUCUUGCAGAGCGAUGGAGAGGACUUGAGCUACGUAGUCGCCUUCCUGCUUGGCACGGCCGCCUGUGUCUACCAGGGCUACCUGCUGGCCCGCCCCACCAGCUGGCGGAGCGCCAAGUCAUUCCUGACCUUCGGCCUCAUCUGCCUGUGCAACCUGCAUCUGUCCGAGCUGCGGGGCCCAUGGCAGCUGCUGUUCCACGUGACGGUGGGCGCCUUCGCCACACUGCAAAUCCACCUGCGCCAGCCCCGGGCCAAGGCCCCGGGCUACGAUGUCUGAGGAACCCGAGGACCUACUUGGGGGCGGGGCCGAGACCAAGGGCCUGAGGGCAGAGCUUUGGCCUUGGGUUUGGGGGUGGGGUGGGACGG